AUGGCCACUGUCGCUUGGCGAAGACCAUCAACGGCCCUUUGGCUUACAUUAUUGUCGAUAGUCUCGCCAAGCCUCCAAGGAUAUGGCGCAACAAGUAAUUUCACAGAAUGGUUUAACGUGACUGAGUUCCCCCAGGAGCAGCCCGCUAAUGUCUCGCUGUAUCUUCACCAAGCAUUGAGAGUGGCAGGGCCUGAUAUUUAUCCACACUUUGAGCAUCGCUGCAUUCGAUCGCAGGUCUAUCCUGAGUUGGGUAACCUCGCGCAAGCAGAUGGGUUCGUGACCCCUAUAAGGCCUUUUGACUCGUUGUUCUUCGUUGGAUCAGCCUACGUCUCGAGUUGGGCGAUUGACACCGGCGCCGGCUUACUUCUUAUUGAUACCCAGGAUAACCCAGAGGAGGUUCAAAAAGUCAUCCUGCCGGGACUUGAAUACUUUGGGUACAGUGGCUCAGAUAUUGCUGCCGUAAUCAUUACACACGAGCAUGCAGACCACUACGGCGGCGCCAGAUAUCUCCAAGACAACUUUGGAACCCCAAUUUAUGCAUCAGAAAAGGCCUGGGAUGGCAUGGCCAACGAUACAAUUGCUCCCAAGGGUCUAAUUCCGCCGACCGGGAAUCUGACAAUCGAAGAUGGCGAGAGCCUCACCAUUGGAAAUACGACUAUCAGUUUCGUCUCUACGCCAGGCCACACUCCAGGAACGAUGAGCUUCUUUUUCCCAGUAUAUGACCUCGGGGCUUCCCACCUGGCUGCCAUCUACGGAGGCGGAGGCGUUCCAUCCAAAGCCGAAGCUAAAGAUGAGCAAAUCACGUCGUUUGAGAAAUUCUCGAAUAGGGCGAGGGAACUCGGCGCAGAUGUCCUCCUUGCACCGCACCAGACACAGGAUGGCUCGUUGUGGAAGUUCGAUCUAUUGAGACAUCGUCCGUGUGGGCCGUACAAUUGCGACGAAGCGAACCCAUUCGUGAUUGGCAAUGACGCGUACUUGAGAUAUCUAAAGACGAUGGAAAUAUGUGUGAGAUUACAGGCAGCCAGAGACGGCCAGUUUCUUUCACUAUAA